CAUAGCUUCUGGACACCAUGUACCUUCCCAGCAUCCACGCAGAAGAGCACAUCCCUUCGCUGCGCGAAUUCAUUCGCGCCAACCCGCUAGGAAUCUUGACCACGGCCAUUGAUUCUCAAACCUACCCGACCAUCCAGUCCAGCCACAUUCCUUUCAUUCUAGACAUCAAGGAUGAAAACGACGAAGCGGAGCUGGGCACGCUGCGUGGGCACAUGGCUCGCGCGAACCCGCAAACCAAGGCCAUGAUCGAGAACGUCACGGAAGGCCCGUCCAAGGAAACCCUUCCGCGCCUCGAGAAAGAAGUCAUGGUCCUAUUCAACGGCCCCGUGCAACACUACGUCACGCCCAAGUUCUACAAGGAGACCAAGCCCGCAACCGGCAAGACGGUGCCCACGUGGGACUACUCCGCCGUACAAGUUUAUGGCAAAGCCACCAUCUUCUUCGACUCGAAGGACCCGGCCACGGAUGUGUUUCUCUCGAAGCAGCUCUCUGACCUCAGUCUUUUCGGGGAGACGCAGAUCAUGGGAUACGACAAGCCGUGGCAGACGAGCGACGCGCCAACGGCUUAUAUUGACCUGAGGAAGAAGGCCAUCAUCGGCAUCCAGAUCGACGUGGAGAGGAUGGGCGGCAAGUGGAAGAUGAAUCAGGAGUCAGGAGAGGGUGAUCGGGAAGGCGUCAUCGAAGGAUUUCAGGCACUCGGAACGGAGGUCGGGGAUGCGAUGGCGAAAUGCGUCAAGGAGAGGGCGGAGAUUGCGGCGGCCAAGAAGCGCGCAGCCUCGUGAUUGUUACAGGCAUCGAUGCGGUUGGGAGUGCCGACUUAGAUUGCGGGUGUUAGCAUUCGACAAUUCCUCAUUCGUUGAGAGGAAUAUUGAUUUUUGUGCUUCUAGAACCAUGCUUUCUCCGCGGAGAUGUCUUCUUCGAAGCGCAUCCCGGACCACAUUACCAAGCUCUUUUGGCUUUUUCGAUACUGAUACCUAUGAAUAACGUCCGUCACCAUCAAGCGAGGUUCACCGC